AUGGCGCCCAUCCUGGCGGUGCUGGCGCUAGCGGUGCAACUGUGCCUGGCGAAGCACAAAGAUAAGCCUAAGAAGGCUCACAUUCCGAAUAUAGCGCCCUGCGGUGAAGGACUCAAGGGACUGCUGAACUACCAAUUCGACAGAGAAGAUGAGGAGGCGGUUAUAACUACGGCGGCGUAUCUGUCGAAAAACACUGUGAAGCUCUACACGGGAAACGUGAACUAUCGCACAAUCGACCUCAACGAUGCCAUAUCGCCGUUGGAGACUCUAGGCGAGAAAUGCUUUGCAAUCAGAAGCCGAGAUGCGCUUCCCAACGUGUUAUGUGCGAGCGGACUCCUGGAACGCAACAGAUGGAUCAACUCGAUAGAAGCUAGCAUGUUGUGCGCGGAAACUGGCAUAAAGUCAACUCUGCCGCUCAUACCUGGCGAGGAGAGGCUUGAGGAACUAGACAAGGAGAAACCUGCCGGGAUCAACUUGUUCAUCCACGACAGUCCUGUUGGCAGACCCGAAAUAUACAUCAACGGAAAGACGACUAAGGAGCUCGAAGACGAACGCAAUAAACAGUCCAUUGAUGCAUCUCACGUUAUUAAUGAUAUGCAAGAAUUGGGAGACCUCGACCAGCUUUUCCCCACCUUCGAAACCAACGACGGUGAACCGAUGACCGUUGCGCCAAUCGAUGAGGAAGCACUCGCUGAGGCAAGGGCAGAGGCUGGAAUGGUAGACGAUACCACACCUGAUCUGGGCUACUACAAGCAUGAACAAUCGCUUUGA